AACUGUGUGUAAAGCUUUUCCCCUUCCAUAUCUAUGGCUGCAUGUCCUGGACCAUGUUCUGGUGUGACUGUAUAUACACGGCCCGUAUGUACCACGUGACAUGUGUGGCUAGAGCUGCUGGGCGCAGCACUGAAGGGGUGCCCUCUGCUGGAGUUUCCAGUAUUGUGAAAGCGGAGAGGAUGCGGAAAUCUCCAGCUCUCACAUCCCUGUAUCCGUGAUCGGUGCGGGUGUCAGGACCUCAGCUGGACGUGAACAUGAGUAAGACUAUAUCACCAUCCACUUAUGUCCGUAACCUCAGCCCUGGACUUCUCCGUCAGUUGGCUGAUUUUCUUGAUCCCCAAGAAGGAUGGAAAAGACUGGCUGUUGACAUAAAGAAAUCUUCAGGAGAGUCUCGUUAUACACAGUUUCAUAUAAGGCGCUUUGAAGGGGUUAUUCAGAAGGGGAAAAGCCCUACACAUGAGUUACUUUAUGACUGGGGAACAACAAACUGCACGGUGCAAGAUCUUGCUGACCUUCUGCGGAGGAAUGAAUUCUUGACGGCAGCUUCCCUUUUUCCAUGUGCAGAGACAGCCACAAGAUCUCGAUGUCAAACUCUUCCUAUGGAUGAAUUGCAGGCACCACAGACAACUUUUGAGACGGGUAGCAAAACGGAACAUGGAAACCCCGUUUCUGAAAGCACAGAAGCAGAAGAAAAUGAUGAAGAGACAUCAGGUUUUGGCACUUUUUCCUUUAACCAGCUGAGGAGAAUUACAAGAGACUUUGAUGAUCGACCACUUUCUGAUGGAGGAUGUAAAAUUGGAGAGGGUGGCUUUGGAGUUGUUUUCCAGGGCCACUUGAAGGGUGAAAAAGUGGCAGUGAAAAAACUGACGACUAUGGCUGAUGCUAGUUUACAGGACCUUCAAGAUCAGUUUGAACAAGAAAUAAAAACAAUGGCUCGAUGUCACCAUGAAAACAUUGUAAAACUACUUGGCUUCUCCAAUGAUGGUGCCAGUUACUGCCUGGUCUACACAUUUAUGUCCAAUGGAUCUUUACUGGACCGGCUGGCUUGUGUGAAUAGCACAGCUCCAUUGUCCUGGAGUAGGAGAUGUAGUAUUGUACUGGGAACAGCACAUGGCAUCAAAUAUUUGCAUGAAAACAACCACGUCCACAGAGACAUUAAAAGUGCAAAUAUCCUUCUGGAUGAUAGUUUUACUCCUAAAAUCUCUGACUUUGGCCUUGCGAGAGCAACUGGGCACCUGGCAAGGACCAUGAUGACCGAAAGAAUUGUAGGCACCACAGCAUACAUGGCCCCAGAAGCCCUACGGGGGGAAGUCACUAUAAAAUCUGAUAUAUUCAGCUAUGGAGUGGUAUUGUUGGAAAUAAUCUCUGGACUUGCACCAUGUGAUGAGGAUCGGAAUCCGGCAUUACUGCUUGACAUCAAAGAAGAAAUUGAGGAGGAAGAAAAAACUCUUGAGGAAUAUGUGGAUAUAAAGAUGGAAGAUGCAGAGCUCCACGUCAUAGAAAAAAUGUACUGCAUUUCUAGUCAGUGCUUGAACCAAAUAAAAAAUAAGAGGCCAAACAUUAACACGGUGCUGCAUGACUUGGAAAAUAUCACCUGCAUCCAUUCUGGGUCCUGACUUGUGCUACAUUUUUUGCAUAUAUAUUUUUAUUUAAAUAGAUUGUAAUAUUUGACUUUUUUUUCCCAAAUAUAUGAAAGCCAAACAUUAAUAAAGAGGCCUUGGGAAGAAAAGAAAGUGAACGUCUUUGGGGUGUAAGGUUGGAAUCACAAAUGAAGUCAUUCUGACAGUUUUUGGUGCAGUGAUUUGAGCCAAAGCCAGAGGUCCUUCCUUUAGAUGGUGCAUGAUUGUUUCAAACCUACAGGAAAAUUGGAGCAGUGGCCAUAGCUUACAUUUCUUUAAGGCACAUUUUAAAAUGAAAAGUGCAGUGUGAUUGUUUGCUAUAGGAAUAUCUCAAUUUUUCCUUUGAUAUAAAAUGUAAUAAAUUAGGCAGCUCACCAAUUUAUAAUUUAUGGAUUAGGCUACUUUCAUACUAGCGUUGGGCUUGUCCGGUAGGCUGUUCCGGCAGGGAAACAGCCUGCUUGAUCCCUACUAAGGCUUGCACACGUGUGCUGCCGGAAGUCUAGCUCCUUUCACUAUAAUGAAAUAUACAUAUUUGCUGGGCUGUGGCCAGAUUUCUGCUGGUCCCUAUUAUACUUAAUGGGGCAGUUUGGCAACGGUGUAGCUUCUGGCAAUGCAGAG